CCUCUGUGAGGCAGCGAAGAGAACGACAGAACACAGGAGGAGAAGAAGAAGAGAGUCAGAGAAUGAGAGAGAAGCAACAAGAAGAAAGAAAAGAGGAGAAGAGAUGUGCAGAAGGAACAGCAAAAUAAAAAACUCCUAAAGAACAGACAGGAAAUGAAAGAGUGAAGAGCAGCAGGAAGAAAUAAUGAGAUAAAAGGGAAGAAAAAUGAAAAACUGACCGAAGAAGGAAAAAGAAACGACAUGAAGACAAACAACAAACUAGAACAAGAGAAGAUGUGAAGGAGAACAAAGAACCAGGUUCCAUCCAGACCAGAAUGUGUGACAACAGAAAGAAAGAGGAGGAGGAGGAGGAGGAGGAAGAGGAGGAGGAGGAGGAAGUGACCGGUCUGCCGUUUCCACCUCCUCCUUCCUCUGUUGCCGGGGAGACGAUGAUGUCAUUACGGAGGCAGGACCUGGUGUGCAUCGUGUGUUUCGGCAGCUAUGACCUCAUGACUCGGUUGCCACGAAGACUGCACUGUGGCCACGCUUUCUGCCAGGCGUGUCUGAAGAGAUUGGACACGGUCAUCAACGAACAGGUGUGGAUCCCGUGUCCUCAGUUGUCGUCAGAACACGCCUCGGCCCGCGGCGGUGCUGCUGGUCUGGACCUGGACCUGCCGUCCUUCCUGGGGGUGAAGGCCCAGCACGCCUGCAGCUCCUCCUGGAGGGAGGCGGUGACCGGAGACGGGGCCCCGAACGGGAAGCUGUGGCUGGGGAAGGAGGUUCCGACGACAGCUGGUACACACGGAGGUCUGGCUGAACCGCGCUUCCAUCGCUACGGCAACUGCUGCCCCCCGUCCUAUUGGCUGUGCUGCUGGUUCUGCUGCCCGGGGCGGGGCUAA